AUGAAACAACCAAAUGUUCUCCGUAAAAUGAGCCUGAUUGUGGCUGUGGACUCAAACUGUGGUAUUGGGAAAAAUAACGCUCUACCGUGGUCGUUACGGAAAGAUAUGAAGUUUUUCGCUGAUACUACAUCGAAAACGAAGGAUCCGUCCAAAGUUAAUGCCGUCGUCAUGGGCCGCAAGUGCUGGGAAAGCAUUCCCAAGAAGUUCCGUCCUCUGAAAGACCGGCUAAAUGUGGUGAUAACGCGAACGCUCCCGGAAAGCAGAGAUGAUAAUCUCAUUAUCAGUAACAACUUUGACGAAAUUGUGAAAGAGCUAAUUGAUGGUCCACUGUCGGAGAAGGUUGAGAAGAUCUGGAAUAUUGGAGGCGGAGAAAUUUAUAAAAUGGCUUUAGAAAAGGACUAUGUGAAUGAGCUUGUUGUUACUAAAGUACAUAAAGAUUGUGACGCUGAUGUAUUCCUCAGCGGUGUCGAUUGGGAUCGUUUUCAAGAAGACGAAUCUGCUCGUUCAGAAGUGAUGGUUGAGAAUGGACUUGAGUUUUCUUUCCAUCGCUACCGGUAUAUGGAUUGA